GUUAUGGCUGAUCAGAGCUACAGUUACCAUGUGCCCACACUCACUGGUUUUAAUUCUUCCACACAGGUUAAUUUGCUGAUGUACAAGUACUGACUGUAGCCUGCAUCUGUUUGACUCCCAAUUUUGUUCUUUACAGAACUGGAUAGCUUCUACUUUGAUCAGUGAAAUAAGAAUGAAAGUAAUGAGCAGCUUGGACAAGUCACGAUGGAGUCCUUCAACCAUUAAGCCAGUGGUUAAAAAUCUAUUCAAUAAACUUAACAUUCCUUUUGAGGUUGAUAUCUCAGAACUUGUGAGCAAAGGAACAGCUUUUCACUUCCAAGGGGAGGUUCCUGCAGAUUCAGAAAAAUUUAAUUUUAUGUUCAAAACUGGGAAAGGGGAAGAUGAUGACGUUGCUUUGUACAUGGAUGUUUAUCCUGGUCUGGCUUCAUACCUGAAAGUCUACUGUGAUGAAAAAUGGGACAAAUUCAGAUUUGUUAUCGGAUGUCCCAUAUUCAAAGGAUCAGCAUUUGAUAUCUUCAUUGUCAUUGAAAAUGAAAACUAUGUGGUUUAUUACAAUGGCUGGAGAUAUUGCUUAAAUAAACACCACAUACCGAUAGAGAGGCUGACUACACUAACCAUAGAUGGAGAUGUCACUAUAAACAGCCUUGGUAUUGUUAAUAACUGGAACACAUCUGCAUUCGGUGACGAAGGCUCUGGUGCUUCACAUUGGGAACUUUCAAACCUGUCAGAUGGAGCACAACCAAUCUGCACACGUAACAAGCCCUAUUUGGGCAAAAUCCCCGGAGGACUGGAAUACGGUCUGACUUUUUUCUUCCAAGGUUUGGUUCCAUUAUAUUCCAGCGGGUAAGUUUUAAUAAGCAUCCUGGAGAAUGGGCUUCCACG